AUGGCUGAUUCAACUAUCAAUCGCACUCAGACUUCCACCUGGGCCAAACAAAAAUGUUUGAUCGCUUGUUGCAUUGUCGCAAUAGCUAAUAUGCAAUAUGGCUUUGACAGUGCUGCCAUUGCCGGGCUCCAAGCAAUGCCUGGAUUUUUGAAAGUGUUCGGGUAUGAAGACCCGGAGAGCCCAAUCGGAUAUAAUAUUACGAGUACCGUCCAACAACUAAUUAUUUCCGCAUUCGUCUUGGGGGCUUUUAUAGCUUCUCUAGUGGCUGGCCUUUUUGGUACCUUCCUCGGCCACAAGCGUGGCCUGUGGCUUGCUUGUCUGAUCAACUUUGCUGCAUGCGGAAUCCAAGCUGGAACAAGCAGCAAAGGACUUCUGUACUUUGGUCGACUACUUCUUGGGUUCUCAAACGGGUUUUAUGUCACCUUUUCGAAUUCCUACAUCGCAGAGGUGGCUCCCGCUCACUUGAGAGGUCUACUUGUUGCCUUAUAUGCCUGUUGGAUGAAUAUUGGGCAGAUCCUUGGAAGUGUGGUGGUUAAUUACACAAAGGACAGGAUGGGUAAAAGUUCCUAUCAAAUUCCGAUUGCUUGUCUCUGUAUUGUGCCUUUACUUCUCAGUGCAGGGCUCUUUUUUGUUCCGGAGUCCCCUCGGUGGCUCCUCCAUAGGGGGAAAGAACAGCAAGCAAGAUUGUCAUGGGAGGUGUUAAGGGCACAUUCUGCGGCCCCUGAAUGUUUGAAUUUCGAGUGGAUGGAAAUUAUUACAGGGGUAGAGGAAGAGAAAAGUCUUUCAAAGAACGUUGAGGGGCUUGAAAUGUUCAGAGGAGCAAACCUCCGGCGCACCCUUCUCUGCUAUGGUGUUAUUGGCUCCAUGAACUUUUCUGGAUGCUGGUUUAUUAUCGCUUUCCAAACUUACUUCUUUGCUAUCGCUGGCAUAUCCAAGUCAUUUCGGUUUACCAUCAUGAACACAUGCCUUGGUUUACUAGGUGUGUUCUGUGGGAUGUAUGCUAUUUGGCAACUCGCUGGUCGGCGUGUUGUUUGCAUGGUCGGUUACCUGGCUUGUGCAUUGUGCUUUCUCUCUAUGGCCAUCGCUGGAACCGUGAAGGCUACAGGUAACGAGGUUGGCGAUGCCAUUGUUGCAUUCGUUGCGCUCUACAUGUUCUUUUAUAAUGGAUGUCUGAACUCAACAAGCUACACUCUUGCGACUGAGCUGGUGAGCUCUAGGCUCAGGGUAUGGACAGUGGGUACUGCAACUAGUUUCGGCUGCGUAUUGAGCUGGGUGACCUUAUUCAUCACUCCAUAUUUCAUUAACCCUCAGGACCUGAAUUGGGGCCCCAAAUACGGUUAUAUCUGGGCUGGCCUCAAUUUUAUUUACGUUCUAUUCUACUACUUUUUCGUUCCUGAAACGAGAGAUCGGUCGCUGGAAGAGCUGGACGAGCUCUUCGAGAAGCGAGUAGGCGUCAAAGAAUUCCAAACUUAUCAGACCACUGUGGGGAAUGAAGCCUUGGGAAACAUUCGAGCGAAGCUGGGCCCGAGCAGUCUCAUAGGUCAAGAUGAUAUCACAAAUGACAAAAAUGGGGGUACGACUACUACGGUAGUUGAGAGUACCAAUGUGGUGUAG